CUUCCUGCUGCAGCUGUGCUCCAGAGAAGAGACUGGAUGUACCAGAAAUCCCAAGGACUUGGUGCAGGAAGCUGGUGAGCUGAAGCUGGCUGAUCGUUAUACACAGACACACAGGCGGCUCUGGCAGGUCCUGUAUUGGCAUUCAGGUUUCCUCCAGCUCCAGCGAUGGAUCAGUGCUGGUACCACGGCAACAUCACUCGCUCCAGAGCUGAAGACCUGCUCUCCAAAGUAGGCAAGGACGGCAGCUUCCUUGUGCGGGCCAGUGAGUCAAUUGCUUCAGCAUAUGCACUCUGCGUGCUGUACCGAAAUUGUGUUUAUACCUAUCGAAUUCUGCCUGAUAAAGAAAAUAAGCUAAUUGUCCAGGCAUCAGAGGGCGUCCCUGUGAAGUACUUUCAGAACCUGGAGGAACUGAUAGAGUAUUACAAGAAGGAGAACAUGGGUUUGGUAUGGCACCUCAAAUAUCCAGUGCCACGGGAAGAGGAGGAGGCUGCUGAUGAACUGGAGGAGGACACUGACCUGGUACCCACACCUCCUGUCCUGCCCCCACGCAACAUCCUCAUGGCACUGCCAAGCAGUGAGACAAAAGAGGUCUCUCCUCUCCCUGAAAACUCCCGGGUGGCAGAUGUGAAUAAACUGUCCCUUUCUGAGACACUGCUCCAGCGACUGCAGUACCAGGACACAAGCAGUGUCUCUGAUGAGCAUCUUAAACUCAUCCAGGAUUACCUGCGAGUUCACAUCAUCAGUGACUUUGAGAUCGUGCAGACUGGCUCAAGCAAUCUUCCUCAACUGAAGAAAUUACUAACAGCUCUUUGCAAAGGACUCUUCAGUGAGGCCUCGAGGACUCUCCCAUCUCUGGAGUCCAUCCAGAAGGUGUUUGAGCAGCAGCUGCAUCCUGUUACCCACCAGCGCUCCCAGAUGCUUGGUGAAACAAGUCCAGCCAAUAUUGUAUUGAAACUCAACCAGCUGAUUUCUUUGCUGUCUUCUAUUGAAGAAAAGGUGAAAACACUGUUAAUUGAAGGUCCUGAUUCAACACACCGGCGCUCCCUUAUCCCCCCUGUCACUUUUGAGGUGAAAACUGACUCCCUAGGAAUUUUCUCAAAAAUACAACUCAAAGUGGAUGUGGAAAUGGGAAAACUGAUUAUCAAGAGAUCUAAGGAUGGUCCAGAGGACAAGUUUUAUACCCACAAGAAAAUCUUGCAGCUCAUCAAGUCCCAGAAGCUUCCAAACAAGCUGGUGAUAGUUCUGGAAACAGAAAAAGAAAAAACACAGCGGAAGGAAUAUGUUUUUUCUGAUUCCAAGAAGAGAGAAGGGUUCUGCCAGCUUCUGCAGCAGAUGAAGAAUAAACACUCGGAGCAACCAGAGCCUGAUAUGAUCACCAUCUUCAUUGGCACCUGGAAUAUGGGUGCAGCCCCACCCCCAAAGAAGAUCACCUCCUGGUUCCUCUCCAAGGGGCAGGGGAAGACCCGUGAUGACACUGCUGACUACAUCCCUCAUGACAUCUAUGUGAUUGGCACCCAGGAGGACCCCCAGGGGGAGAAGGAAUGGCUGGAGACCCUAAGGCAAUCUCUGCAGGAAAUCACCAGUAUCAGCUUCAAAGUGAUAGCCAUCCAUACCCUCUGGAAUAUCAGGAUUGUUGUCCUGGCCAAGCCAGAACAUGAGAACCGCAUCAGCCACAUCUGCACAGCCAAUGUGAAGACAGGCAUUGCCAACACGCUGGGUAAUAAAGGAGCAGUGGGGGUGUCAUUCAUGUUUAAUGGAACCUCCUUUGGGUUUGUUAACAGCCAUUUGACUUCAGGAAGUGAAAAGAAGCACAGACGCAACCAGAACUACAUGAACAUCCUGCGCUUCCUGACACUGGGAGAUAAGAAACUGAGUCCAUUUAACAUCACUCAUCGCUUUACUCAUCUUUUCUGGCUGGGAGACUUGAACUACCGUGUGGAACAGCCCCCAACGGAAGCAGAGAAUAUUAUCCAGAAGAUCAGGCAGCAGCAGUAUCCGGAGCUGCUGGCUUUCGACCAGCUUCUCCUUGAGAGAAGAGACCAAAAGGUGUUCCUGCAGUUCGAGGAAGAGGAGAUUACUUUUGCUCCAACCUACCGCUUUGAGAGAGGCACCCGGGAGAAGUAUGCAUAUACCAAGCAAAAAGCUACAGGGAUGAAGUACAAUUUGCCAUCCUGGUGUGAUCGAGUGCUCUGGAAAUCCUACCCCAUGGUGCACGUUGUGUGUCAGUCCUAUGGCUGUACCACUGACAUCAUGACAAGUGACCACAGUCCUGUGUUUGCCACCUUUGAAGUAGGAGUCACCUCACAGUUUGUUUCCAAGAAUGACUCCAAAUACACAGAUUCCCAAGGGGAGAUAGAGUUCCUACAUUGCUACGCUACUCUGAAGACCAAGUCCCAGACCAAGUUCUACAUUGAGUUUCAUUCUAGCUGCUUAGAAAGCUUUGUAAAGAGCCAGGAAGGAGAAAAUGAGGAUGGAAAUGAAGGGGAGCUUGUGGUAAAGUUCAUUGAGGCACUUCCAAAGCUGACUCCAAUUAUUUCAGACCCGGAAUACCUACUGGAUCAACAUAUCCUGAUCAGCAUUAAGUCAUCAGACAGUGAUGAAUCUUACGGGGAAGGCUGCAUUGCCUUGCGAAUAGAAGCAACAGAAUCCUUAGCUCCCAUCCAUACUGUGCUGACACACCAUGGGGAGAAAACAGGGAUCUUCCAAGGAGAAAUCAAGUUACAAACAUCACAAGGAAAACAGAGAGAGAAACUGUAUGAUUUUGUCAAGAUUGAACGCGAUGAAAUCACUGGGCAGAAACCAAAGAACAUCAGCAAUUUAGAGCCUAACAAAGACUGGGAUCAGACUGACAGAAAGUCAAAAUCUACUCAUCUAAUGGCCAGAGAGGCAGCAGCCAUCGCUCGCUACUGGGGGAGUGCUGUCCCUUCUCCAGACAGCCUGGGAAAGGAGGAUAUCUUACGCUCCACCCCCACAGACAUCAGCAACCCCAACUACCUGGGCAUGGCUGCCUUCUCUCAGCAGCCCUCUGCAACCUGCCAGCUUAAGCAGACACCUUCAUCAGAGCAGACACCUUCCCUCUGGAACUAUGAGCAGCAGUCCAAGGAGAACACCUCCCUAAUGGGGCAGAGUCAGUCAUCCUCCACAUCACCCUCUUUGUCACCUCUAUCUCCAAAACCAUCCCUCCAAGCUACAGCAAACAGAAGCAUUUGUAGUUGGAGUCAAGAGUACCAGCCACCUGACAUGGGGAAAUCCACAGCAGAGCCUGUGCCACAGGAGGAGGGGCAGCAAAGGCCAGAGAUGUUUGAGAACCCACUGUACGGCUCCAUGAGCUCCAAGGGCAAGGUGGCCCCCAAGAAAGAGCAGGAAUAUCCCAAGGCCUUGCGGAAAGAGCAGCCAUCACUGCCUGAGCAGAGCUGUCAUCUCACAAAGCCACAGGAGCCUGAGUGCAGCAAAACCUCUGGCAAACAGCCAUCGCCACCUUUCCUGGUGCCCACACAGCGAUUCCGGUCCUACACCUCCCCUUUCCAAUUGGAAGAAAAGAAUACAGCGGAAAAGAGCCAAGGCAAACCAAAGAUGACAACACCAUUGGAAAACUCGGCACCUCUCAAAAAAAUCGUGAAACCAUCAAGGGCUGAAGUCAGCCUGAGCAUCCAGGGACAGCAGAACAAGCCACCCCUUCCCUCCAAGAGCCGGGCGGUGCUGGACAUGCAGAACUCCAAGGGCCGUGACUAUCGGGACAGUUCAGAGCUGCCGCACUCCGGGAAGCACCGCAUGGAGGAGGGCCCGGUCAGCAGGACAACUGCACCAUGAACACAACACAGCAGCUGGUGGAACCCUAGGAGGAAUCCUGAUGGGAAGAACAAUGGAGACUACUGCUUUGUUCACACUGAUGUCCUCUAGUUUGGUUCUAAAAAAGACUGAGGAAUUUUAUUUUUGAGGGUGUAGCCCUCCCUGUCAUUAUGGAAAUGUUCUAGCUGAGAAGUUUAUCCUAUGUUGCUCAGACCAAGAGGGGCCAGGACCACAAUACCAAAUGCAAGUUAUUCUUUUGAGUGUCACUUUGGUACUUCCAUUAAGAGGCAGGUGGCCAAAUACAUGCAUUAGUAAAUGUUUUGGAAAAGAGGACAGUACGGUACAAGGACUAGGAGAUGGAAGGGGUGCACUGAAAGAACCCCCUUCCUACAGAAGAAAGAUUUCUAUUUUGUGUUACAGGAUUCCUGUUAAAGAGUGAUAUGUAAAAGUAAGCAUCUUAAAAGUGGUACAGCUCCAAAAGCACAUCAUAUCCUUGGAGCAAGGAGGUCAGGGAGGGUGGGGAGAGAGUCUGAAUAGCAGAUACUGAUGCAGGUCACAUGCUCUCAGUAGAGCAAGCCUUGCCUGGAGCUCUGGGCUGCAUCUGUGCACCACCCAGGGGACACAGCAAGUGAGGGCCGGCCCGUGGCACCGGGGCUUCUUUUCCUUCAAGCAGGCCCUGGUUUGAUACCCCAACAAACAGAGGGAAACACCAGAACCACAGGCAGAAAGAGGGGAAGAGAAAGGGUCCAUGGCUGCCUAGAGGGGCAGACAGCAGCACCCCAGCCUGCCUGGAAGCAAGCACUUUGCUUUAGAGGACACUGGCCAGCUGGUUCUGGAGCAUUAUUAACAGAUUAAUGCUGACCUUACUGUACACUUUUGUUCAUUGACUGAGAAUGAAUAAUGUUAACAUACUUGUCAUUUCUGUUAUAUUCGUGUUAAAUAUUAAUGCUGUGGUUACUAUUAGGCUAAGCCUGUUGUGUCUUAAUCACUGCUAUUGUUUCCAUGUUGAUUACUUAAAAAAUAAUAAAAUAGUCACUUUUCUGGUCAUUCUUUAUUGAAAAUUCAGAACUGCCGGUCACAUGAUUCAGCUUUAGAUGGGUGUUACACCAGCUUGCUCAGUGGCAGUAGUCCCUGCCCAGAGAAAACACCAAAGGCACCAAGGAGAGCAGGGAAGACAUGACAAGGAUGACUGAGAAUGCAUCUGUCUGUCUGCACAGAUCUUUCGUGGAUAUAGCUGGUUUGAAAACUACAGGACCUUUUAGCAGGUACAGUUACUAAUUGUGUGAGUGUAGAAAAGGUACAGUAAUUUUACUGGAGGAGAAGAGGCCUAGCAAAGGCUUGUGAGAAUGGGUGGAAGAGGACAACCUGUAGGUAGAAACCUUUCAAGAGGAGAUGAUUUUGUGCCAUGCAGGUUGGAGUUUUGAGGCAUCAUUAUGGAAGCACCUGGCUCUCCAACCUACAAAUCAGCAAGAGAAACCAUAAGCUUACAUUCCUUUUGCUUUAUUCACCAGAACCCUCUCUGUGUAAUCACCAUAGUUCAGUAGCUGUGGUAUUUCCCUGGCCCUGGGAAGCAUUUCACUUUUCCAGGUUGCAGAAGAACUUGUGUGGCCACCAAGUAAAACCUCCCUGGAGCAGGUGAGCUUUCUGUCCAAUACAGAGAGUUAGAUCAGUUCCCAGUAAUUCUGGGCUGUGUUCUUCUAUGUGUGGAGAGGGGAGUAGAGUAAGCUUUCUAUAAAAAUUAUUAACUUCUUAACAAUGAGACAAGCUCAGAUUUUUUUGGUUUUAUCCCUGACUCCCUAAACUGUAAAAAAUAAAGUAUAUUCCCCAAAGUUUAGAAACUAAAAGCUGGAUAUAAAACAAAUAUAGCUUUCUGUGUAAACAUUAUCCUAAUUAGGAAUGCUGCUUAAAUUGUGCACAGAUUUGCAGAUGAACAGAGUUAGAGAACAUUGGAUUUGCUAAGGCAUAAAAAUCUAUCCAGGUAUUUAAUUUGGCCUGCCCUUUAGAAAGGCGUAUUGCUGGGGGAGAAAAGCAGCUCUCUUCCAAGUUUCCAGCAGAAAAAAACCUACAUUCCUAUUCCUAUGCUAAAAAUGGACUGCCUACCCACUUGGGGUUCCAAAGAUAGUCUGAUGGAAUGGCGGCAAAUGCCACCGGGCUUUGUGCAAGUGGACAGUAUUCUAAAGAAGGCUCUGUAAAAAGCUUUCUGAAGCCUCUCUGGAUGAGAGUCUGCUCAGGUGAACAGCUUAGACAUGGAGUGGAGAAGUGGGACAAGUGGUGAGACACUACACAGUACUUGUCUCUGUGGCCAGACUGGCUGUGCCUUGUGAUGGUAGAAAUGGUAACAACAGCUGUGGGAGCUUGGAAGAUAAGAAUAUCAGAAAACUGAAUUUAACAGAUAAGUCUGGUGCUUCUGUUUGUUUUAUUUAAUUUUUAAUUUGUCACAAAGCCUCUAAGAUGAUACCUAUUGGUUUUACUGCCUUGAACCACAUGAAAGCAGAACUGAACACAGCUGCUACUUUCUCUGACAUCCCUGAGUCUGAGACCUUCUUGCCAAACUAGGCACAUUUCUCUCCCCCCUCUGCUGUUGUCCAGUUAAGUUGGUACAGGCAGUAUGAGCAAAAAACAUGAACUGAAGGAUAAGAGUUGUCCAGAAAUGUACUGAUUUCCCCCAGAUGUAUUAUCUAUCCAUAACCUUCUGGCAUCCUUCAGUUUAAGUUCUUAAAAUAGCUGGAGUCUUUUUGUACUUAUUUCCAUGGAGACCCAGCUGUCAAAAAUGCCUGAAGUUCCCAGCUACAGGAUGUAAUGUUGCAGAACACAGUAAGUUUUAAACUCCCUAUUUCCUGCCUGCACCUGUUGCACCUAACACCAGUUUCCUUGUCCUCUUGGUGUACAACUACCACAGGGAAUCUUUAAGCCUUUCCCUAAGAUGUUGCAGGCGACACAUUUUCUUCCUGAUAAAGGUAGGAUCUUAGAGAAAAUGGCUCAAAGAAGAGGAAAAACAGCAGGAAGACCAAAUUAAGUUGAGUUACUCACUCCAAAAUAGCAAGGGGGUAAUUUUGAUGUUAGAAAUUAUGUUGCUUAAGCCUGUAAUCUACUUGGACCAAGCACCCUUUUUCUGUACAGCUUAAAACUAACCAUUUAGUCACUAUCCUCCCACUAGUUUUUAAAAUUAAAGGUUUGCUAAAAUUUUACAAUGUUUUUCUGUUGUCCUUGUGAUAAUACAAUAAUACUCCAUGUGAUUGAAGGGACAUAUUGUCCAGAAAUUAAUUGAUUCAUCCCCAGACCAAGCUCCUUAUUUUUAUAACAUUGUGAAGGCUCAGAUAUUUAUGUGUGAAUAAACUGUGGGUUUAUUCUGUUGGUCAGGGCUAACUGACCAAGGUGACACAGGACAGUUCCCAGAGAUCUCCUAACCAGUAUCAGCAGAUGGAUUAGAAAUAGACAAUACCCAAAUAUUUUCCUUUUAUUUAUGUACUCUAUUCCUGAAAGAGAUCUACAAUUUCUCUGUGGGACAUUUGCCAAGAGACUCUGUCCCUGCUGUCAUUUGUGAUGUUCCUUGCUGAUAACACAGAUCAGAGGUGCAGCCAGUGGGCUGGGCUUGGGGAAGUGAGGGGUGCUGCAAAGCCUCUUCAUCAUCAGCUACAUCUGUGUGGUGCUCAUGUUGUUGAGGCUGAAGUAUUUAGUGAUGGGGUCAAUGGCUUUGCCUGUUCUCUGUGCCCAGCUGGCACUGUCUUACAUGUUGGUCACACCUGCCACCAGAGGGCUGCUGCAGUCCCCAGGACAUUCCUGCAAGGCCUAUGGAAGGAUUCAUUAUGCAAGUGCUACAGAAUAAUCCAAAUGCUCCUUUCAAUGUGCAGGAAAGGUGUUAGCUGCAGAGGUACAAGAUGUUCUUUCUAAAUAUAUAUGUAAGCAAACAUCAAGUUAUUAUCCACAUGAAUAUGAAAAAGAUCCUCCUAACUCCACAGUGUGUGCAUGGUGUUGUUUCAAAUGAGGCUCCUAAUAAAAAGUAUUUUAAGAUUG